CGGGACACAACCUAUGCGUUGCGGCACAGCUGAAGCCUGAAGCCUCACUUAGUUCUACCCGCCGUUCCACUACUUUCUCUUUAUUGCUACAAUUCAUCAACACUGCAGCCAUCCAUAGCUCUUUGUUGUAGUUUUUAUCAAUGUCUCCUCCCCACUAUGAUUUUCUGAUUAAGCUUCUCCUCAUCGGCGACUCUGGUGUUGGAAAGUCCUGUUUGCUUCUCCGGUUUUGUGACGACGCGUGGACUCCCUCCUUUAUUACGACUAUUGGCAUUGAUUUCAAGAUUCGGACCAUUGAACUUGAUGGGAAGCGUAUCAAACUGCAAAUCUGGGAUACCGCAGGACAAGAGCGAUUCAGGACUAUCACGACAGCAUACUACCGAGGAGCUAUGGGGAUCCUACUAGUAUAUGAUGUGACUGACGAGAAGUCGUUUAACAGUGCGUAUUCAGUUUCAUCGAUACGCGAGGCUAUAACAACCCUCGUCUCAGACAUUCGUACAUGGCACUCCAAUAUCGAGCAACAUGCAUCGGAAGGCGUUAACAAAAUUCUCAUUGGUAACAAGUGCGAUUGGACGGAGAAGCGUGCCGUUACCCAGGAGCAAGGCCGUGAGCUGGCACAAGAAUUGGGAAUCGACUUCAUGGAGACCAGUGCGAAAGCGAAUGAGGGGGUUGAAGAAGCGUUCUUUUCACUCGCAAGGGCAAUCAAAACUCGCCUCAUCGAUUCACAGCCGCAGAGUUCGACGGUCGGGCAGCCAGGUUCAUCAGAUAGCCUAAGGGUUGGACAGGGUAACACUCAAAACUACUCGUCUUGCUGCUGAGAGUAUAUUUGGGCUUGCUUCCAUGACGUAUUCAUCUCUCCCUGUAUCAUACAUCACCGAUACAUAGUUGUUGAAUAUUGUCCGAUCUUCCCGGAAAUUAGACGGCUGCAUUCCAAUUCCCUCCCCACCACCGCUUCGUACGCUCACCGCCGAACUCAAAGUAUUCGUCUUUAGACGUGCUGGCAUCUGUAUAACUGCUGCUACGAGCAAAGGAUGCCAUCCCUUUCCAGGCAUCGAUUCGGGGAUCUGAUGCGAGACGCACUGU